AUGUCCCACUCGGCGUCUCCGACGAACCGAGGCCUGAUUUUCGGCUGGGUCAAGAAUUUGAAGAGAAACACGUUACUGAAUGACUCUGUCAAUGAGGUUUCUGAUUCUGACGUGCCUCUGGCCGACUCCAAGUCUCCUACUCGUUCCGUGGCUUCUCAUAUGAACGCUCCACACGCGUCUUCAUUGCCUGCUGCGGGCCAAACUGCUCUGCUGUCCCAUCAUCUGGCGCAUAGUUUCAAUCUUGGCUUCCACCAUCUGCCACUGCAUCACCAGCACCAUCAACACCACCAUGCGUUGCCUGCUUCGCCACAGGGGGCUAUUCCGUUUCCUCAUCAUCACCUGCCACACCACCAUCUGCCGACGCUGGACUUUUUGAGACCUUUGUUGCAGCAUAAGCUGAGGUCUACCAAUAAUGUCAAUAGGGUGCGUUCCAACUCCAACUCGACCAACCCGGCGCUGCUGUAUGCCAAUUCAGACUUGCGCCAGCAUAGAGAUAGUUUCUUGCAGAACAACCCGUUGGUGGAUGAAAAUAGUAAGUACUUUGGCGUGCCGUUGGCGGAGGCCAUCUCCCAGGCCCUGGCCAAGAUCUCCAUCUUGGGAGCCACUGCCGUCUCCAAACUGGCUGCUGACGAUGUACUUCACUAUGGCCGCAUCCCUGUUGUGGUGGCCAAAUGCGGCGUGUACCUCAAAAAGAAUGGUCUUUCUGUAGAAGGCAUCUUCCGUGUUGGAGGGGCCUCCAAGCGGAUCAAAGAGCUACAGAUUAUAUUCAAUUCGCCUCCUGAGUUUGGCAAAAAGCUUUCUUGGGACGGCUACACCGUUCACGAUGCUGCCUCCGUGCUCAGGCGGUACCUUAAUGCGCUUCCUGAACCACUCAUCCCGCUACAUCUUUACGAUGAGUUUAGGGAUCCGUUGAAAGCUCGUCCUAGAAUCAUCAAGUACAUGCGCUACAAGGCCAAUAAUCCGCAGAAAGUCUUGCGCAGCGGCCAAAACACAGCGCCCCAAACUCCCAGCACCGAGUUCCCUCAACCACCUAAAAUCGUCGCCAGCGACCCUAGCGCCACAACUAAUCCUAUUGAGUCGCUGACAGAAGCACUCCAGAUUGAUGAGGAUGAAGAAAAGCCUAAUUCCAAAGACAGAACCAAAAGCCCGUUGGAUGAAGGCGGAGCGCCAACUAAGGCCCAACGAAAAGCUAGAAAUUACAAGAAGCUCACUCGUGACGUGUACGAGGCGAUAGAUGAGUAUAAGGAGCUUCUAGAUGACCUACCGCAAUUGCUGAAGCAGCUUCUCUUUUACAUUUUGGACUUGCUUGCAAUGGUACAGAGCAAUGCCCAUGAGAACCUUAUGCUGCCGAGAAACUUGGCGGCCAUCUUCCAGCCCUCCAUUCUUUCACACCCAAACCAUGAUAUGGAUCCGGAGGAGUACGCCCUUUCACAGUCUGUUGUUGAGUUUCUCAUACAGUAUGCCUACAAGCUUUUGCCAAACCAAGAGCAGUCGUCACCAGAACCAACCAUACCCCUAGACGCGCCACCGGCGAGUGCACCCAAGUCCCCUGAGGUGGCCAAGCCAGCAGCUUCUGCCUCGUGGGCUCAUUUAAACGCACGCACAUCUGGUAGACAACACAGCCAAUCGCUACUGUCGCCAAACCCAGACGACUUAGACCUUAUUGGCUUCCGCAACAGCACAGCUUCUGCCAAGGGAGUCACGCUUUCGGACACAGAGCACGAUUUCGCUUCUGCAAGCAGUGAGGAGGACUAUGUCUCUGACGCUGGACAACGGCUCCCGAGACGAACAGAUGCGCCCAACUUACUUUAUGUCGUGAAUGCUGACGCUAACGACGAUGCUGCCAGCGGCAGUGGGGGCUACGAAUCACGCGGGUCGUCGAAAAUGUCGCCACCCAUCAUCGUCUCUGAAGCACACAGUGGAUAG